AUGCUUCUCCGCCUUCGCGCAAAGGCCGCUUGGCACGCACAUGGCUUGCUCUUGUGGCUGUUGCCUCGUCCGCAGCUGCGGUACGCGCCCUUUCCGUACCCCAGCAUCAGCCAUACCAGACAUUGGCAAGAACAAGCCGAAUCUAUGACCCUCCAGAAGCCAAAGGCAUUGAUGGUCAAGCACUGGCAGCGAGCUCGAAUCCAAGAACCGUCAGUGUACACGACCAAGAACCUCCUGGACUUGGGACAAUUCAGGAACCGUGCUGGCCUCAACUUCGCCUUCAUGGAGGACAACAUGUUGCAAGGAAUGCUUGCGGCACGCGCCAGCAAAGGCCUGACGGCCCAAUUGAAGCGGGAUGCCAUUCAGGAAGCCCAACUCGAAGCCGAGGCCGCUACCAAGCGUGGAGAGAAGCACGACAUGGUGCGCUCCCUCAUUGGCCCAAAGGGGGGCCUGCCAACGUUGAAGGCAGACCUGGUGAAACUGGCUUCACUCCUGAACAUCCCCGUCCAGACUGGAAUGACUGUGGAAGACCUCAAGAAAGCUUGCCGCCCCUUGGUUGCCGAGAUCGCUCAAAAGCCAACUCCCUCGAAGGCAAGUGGAUCUACCAGUUCAACGGAAAGACAUGUCCCCGAGACGUCAAUGGCGAGACCUUCUCAAGCGCCCGAGACAAUUGGCGCAAAGGCCAAGGCAUCUCCUGGAGUGACCGCUCAAGAGCUACAGGAAGUCCUCACCAUGCAGGACCACAAGUUCCAAGGGAUGCUGAACCAAGUGCUCCAGAGCAUUUCGACCCUGCACCAAGCAUCGCACCUGCCAGGACCUAUGACUUCCGGUCUGAUGGAAACCGAAGCAACCAUGGAAGUGAAUGAAGUCUAUGAGGAGCAGUGGCAUCGAGCGAUGGACCACUUCCAGAACGAGAUCUUUGUCACCACCCUCACCGUUGGCGAUGAGAAGUCUUUUCAGUCCCAUGCCAUGUCUGAGAAUAGGUUGAUUUCAAAGAACCCCGACCUUGUUGAGAAUGACCGCUUCCCCAAGACCUUUGUCACCGAGGUCUACACAAACACGGAGCGAGUUGCGCAGACGGCUCGCAAACGAGGACAUCGAGUGGGAGCCUCAAUGAGCUUGGAAUCAGGAUGGAACUUUCUCCGUCCACUGGAUCGCAAAGCUGCCAGAGCCGUCCUGAAGCGUGAAAGUCCUUUCUUUUUGUUGCUGGCAUUUCCUUGUUCCUUUUGGAGUGUGUUACUCAACCUCAACCCUCCGAAGAAUGGCACCAAGAUGUAUGAGGAAGCGAUCACCCUCUUGCAGUUCGCCCUCCAAUUGGCCAAGGACCAGAAGAGUCGUGGUUGUCACUUUGUUUUGGAGAACCCUCAAUCCUCUAGAGCAUGGACCCUGGAAGAGAUGCAAAGAGCCUUGGAGCAACUUGAGGCCCGUUGUGUAGUCUUCCACCAAUGCCGAUUCCGCUUGAAGAACCAGGCCCUGGUGGUUGGAAUGGAAAAGCAAUUUGAAGCUGACUUCAAAAGACCACACAACAUCCUUGCCAUCGAAGACGGUGAGGAGGCUGAAGAUGAGACCGCCCUGCCGAUUGACAUGAACCUGAGUGACUCUGAUCAGGAGUCCACUGAAGCUGAGGCAGUAAGCGCCUACAACUCGGACAUCAACGACGCUGGUGUCUCUCCUAUGCAAGCUGCCUUUGGAAAGCAACCCCGGAUGCACGGAGAUUGCCUUGGUGAUUUUGGUCGCCGCUUGAGUGAGCAUGGACUCAUCGACUCUCGGCCAAGUUUGGCCAGACAAGUUGCCAUGCGAGAGACUGCUCGCUUGGCGAUGGUGCGCCUUCAUUUUUCCAAAGGUACAUCUCCAUUUCCUGAAGCUGUACGAGCUGCCUUUGAACAGAGACGGCAGAGCGUUUCCAGUGCCGCCCCAAGUGCUAGCGGCGAGUCACAAGCUUCCAAGAGGCCUGCUGAACUGGAUGCUGAGCGCUUGCGUGAAGAAGCUCUUCAACCAGACCCUGUUGCUCCAACUCCGGCUCAACCUCCAGAUGAAGUUCCUGAUGAAGCUUCCGAAGCCCUGAGAGUGACUCAUGAAGUGAUGGAAAUGGAAGCCUAUGCCAAUGUACAUCCGCUCCGUCAGAUCCAGAUCAUGGCGGAACAGGAUCGUCUAAAUCCCUUGGAAGCCAGAGUCCGAGACCAUGGGACAUGGCGUGGCAAUUGGCCUCUCCCCUCGAGGACAGAAUUCAAACGACGGCAAAUGCUGAAGCAACUUUGGCCCCUUGGCAAUGAUGAUGCUGCUCAGGAAGUGCUUGCAGUGCUCACUGCUCGUAAGGAGCAUGUAUGGAGUCACAUGUCGGACUUUGAGAAAAAGGAGUUCCGUGAAGCAGCAGCCAAAGGAUGGUCAGUAUGGGUUGAAAAUGAAGCCAUCGAACCUCUUCCAGAUGCCGAAGCUGUCCGCAUUAGGCCUGAAGCCAUUUCGUGCUGCGCCUUAGGUGAAAACGGCGCGCUGGCAGACGCUCUUGCUAGUGGCAGUGGCCUUCACAGCUUCCUGUGCCGCCAUUUGCGCCAGCUUCUCGAGAAGGCUCUCCAGCUCAGUGAGCUCUUUCAGCAGCACCUCACCUCGCAAACCUUGAAAAACACAUUUCCUGCAGGCGACUACCAUCAGGGCAGUGGCCUUCACAGCUUCCUGUGCCGCCAUUUGCGCCAGCUUCUCGAGAAGGCUCUCCAGCUCAGUGAGCUCUUUCAGCAGCACCGCACCUCGCAAACCUUGAAAACCACAUUUCCUGCAGGCGACUACCAUUAG